AAGUCUGUAUAAGUCAAGAUAACCUUAAACACACUCUGUAACGUAAAAAGACACAGGGCACAGAUGCGAGAAACACCAAAACACAGCUAGACACAAGAUAUAGCUAUAUACGCAUUCGUGCGCAGUGGCCAUGUAAAUUGUACAGAAUAUAUAUACCUGAACCGUCUUUAAUAUAUAUAUAGGAUAUUCCGAUUUUAGUUGGAUCAAAAAUAUAGUGAAUAAUGGAUCCAAGUGAAGUUGAAUUUCUGGGAGAGAAACAGCUAGUCAGCAUAGUGCCAAAUUUUAGUUUUGGUGUUAUUCAUUUAAUUUCCGGAUCGAUUGGACCAUUUCGAGCUGGGUUACCUGUCAGAGUGCCUAUUUGGAUUGCAUUGAGCCUUAAACAGCAACAAAAAUGCAGAAUAGUUGCUCAAGAAUGGAUGGACAUGGAAAAGUUAACUGAAAUUUUGGAGGAGGAAAAACAAUCUAAACUCUUUACAAGAAUGCCAAAUAAUCAUUUCAUGGAUGAGGCACAAAUGUUACUUACAGCUGCACCUGAUGAUAUACCAGAUGUUGAUAACAUUAGAACUAUAAUAAAGGAUAUCUGGGAUUUGAGAAUGGCUAAGCUACGCAGUUCUGUAAUUGGUUUUGUUAAAAAUGAAGGAACGUAUGCGAAACUAGAUCAUCUUACAGCCAUGGAAAUCAAUAGUAUACGAUCUUUAUUACCAGAUGCAUUAGACAUUAUGCUGCAUAUGGAACAGGCUGGUAAAUCUGCUGCGUCUCAAAGCCUGGAUGCAACAUUGCAGUAGAAUAUUAUUAUUAUGAUUGUAAGUAUGUAGGUUGUAAAGGAAAACUCUAUUUAAGUAAUAGGAUAUCAAAACAUUUAUAAAAAUAUAUUUAUACAUAUUUUGGA